CUAGGGUGUUGAAAAAGGGGGAAAACUGUAGUUAGUUACUUCAAAGAAAGGUUCAGAUUUGAAGAGCGAGGAGUUGCGUGUGGACUGGUCCUUGCGACGGCACGUCGUCCAGUGAGCGAAACGAUUCAUUCUUUACUGUGGCUCAGACACAAAACUAAAAUCACAAGCGCCUUCUGCGCUUUCCAGUGAUCAUCUUUGAUAAGUACACAUGUAAGUCUCAAAACUCUAACAAUCUUUUAGAGAUGUAAAUAAUUAUAACACAGUGAGCAAGUACAGCUGCAGCUCAGGAUUCGCAAUGGCAGUCAGCGUGGUGUUGCUAUAUUGUACCUUGGCGCUAGUUACCGUGCUGUUGCUAAAGGGAAGGAGAUGGCUGCGACUCGCCUACUAUUUGCGACGGAUUCCUGAGCCAACGCAGGGUCAUCUCAUAUCGGGUCAUCUUUCAAUGUUUGUGGACCGACAGCAGGUUAGGGAACUCAGAACGGAAUGGAGGCACAGACUGCCUUAUAUCUACAAGUACAACAUUGGCUUUAUCGCCAGUGUUGUGAACCUUGUUCACCCGGACACUGCUGCUGUUGUAUUUCGCAGUUCAUCAUUCCCCAAGGAUAGUUACUUUUACGGAUUUCUGAAGCCUUGGCUUGGAGAAGGCCUAUUGGUAAGCAAUGGGCAGAAGUGGGCCAGAGAUCGGCGACUGCUCACUCACUGCUUCCACUUUGACAUACUGCGAGACUACGUAGAGGUGUAUACGGAUGCGUGCGGCAUCAUGCUGCAGAAAUGGUCCGAAUCGUGUGCGAGAGGAGAGAGCGUGGACGUGACUGUGUCAUGUACCAUGCUAACACUGGAUGUGAUUCUGCGGUGUGCCAUGGGCUUUGAGUCGGACUGUCAGAUGGAAGACGGCAAGUCCAGUGGUGGCAAUACGCUAGCCAGCAGGUAUGCAAAGGCUGUUGUGUACAUUGCUAAUGCAAUACUUCAGCGGCAAAGCAACCUCUUGCACCAUUCAGAUUUCUUAUUCUCGCUCACCAGCGAAGGCAGAAAGUUGACUCAAGAGUUGAAAGUUUCGAAGGAGAUGAGUCAGCACCUCAUUCAAGAAAGGAAAGCUGCUCUUCAAGAGAGCGGUGGAAAGUCUGCAGCAGAGUGUCGCGACUUCCUUGAUGUGUUGCUCACAGUCGAGGACGAGGACGGUAAUGGGUUGACCGACGAGGAGGUCCGUGAACAAGUGGACACGUUCCUGUUCCGCGGACAUGACACCACCGCCAGUGCGUUACAAUGGGCUCUAUACCACCUGGCGCAACACCCUGAGUUUCAAGAGAAGUGUCGAUCUGAAGUAAAGGCGGUGGUGUUGGAUGGCAAAGAUGUGAGCAGUGGUACAUGUGUGACUGCCUGCAUUUCUCAUGAGCACCUGGGUAAGCUAACGUAUCUGACACAGUGUCUCAAGGAAAGCAUGCGCAUUAGCACGCCUGUGCCGUUUAUCGGACGUGAAACGCAGGAAGACGUCACGAUCAACAACAUGUUCAUCCCAUGCGGUGCGACAGCCGAUCUGUCGCUUCUCGACAUACACAUGUGCGAGGAGCACUGGCCUGAGCCAUUGAAGUUCGAUCCGGAGCGUUUCUCCCCGGACCAGAGCCAAGGACGCCAUCCGUACUCGUAUGUGCCUUUCUCUGCUGGACCCAGGAACUGCAUUGGCCAGUCUAUGGCCAUGGAUGAGCUGAAGACCUCACUGGCAAUGGUCUUGAUGCACUACCGAUUGGCAGUUGAUCCACUCAUCCCAACGCCAAAGUGGUCGCCGGUCAUGAUUGCACGGCCAGUUCCGAACAUUCGCCUUCUUCUUGAAGAGGUUUAGCUGGGUAUAUCCAGCGUGAUUUCAGUGAUCAAAUACUUUAGUUGAUGCCAUGUAAGACAUUUUUUUGUUUAUUUUUGCUGAUUGUCUUUACUGAACGCCACCGUGUGGCAUAUUUGGAAAUAGACCUCUUUUGCGGCAACGCUAUGAACCCAUGUAUCAGAGCUAUCUACCAGUAUGUUACCAUUCGCACAGUUAUCUAACCCGUUCUUGACAAAUAUUCCUUUAGAGAUUCUUUCCUUUUGUGAUAUUCUUGAGGUGGUUACGCAAGAUUCUUACCGCGCUUUCCUUACUUUCGAAAUAGGAGAAUGUUCUAUUUACGACUACAAUCUAUUUAGCCAAAGAGCCCUACACCUAUGCACUGCCCACAUGAAGGUAA